AUGCUCGGAAGACAGGAUCCUGCGCGUGAGAGAGAGCAGCGCCGCAGAAACGAGGAGCGUGAGCAAGACCGCCAAGAUGCCAGGGACUGGCAACAGAGAGUCAACGAUGACCUCGCGCGCCUUGAACAGCAGACUAGACAGCGGGAAGAGGAGCGCCAGGCCCGUGAGCGCGCGGAGAGAGAGCGUCAGGGCCGGUCGCUAAAGUCUGAGGCAAGGAGAGAUGACGGCAAGAUAGGCUUUGGUAUGAUCCAGGCAGUGCAGUGUAGUCCAGUGAUAGUGAAAUAA